AUGUGCAAAAUAUUUGGAUACCCGACGACCAAGCCCCUUGAUCUCGAAGCACAAAGAAAUCAACAGCGGUCACGUAUUGAUCGUCGACCUCCUGCUAAUAGUUUCAAUCAUCCUGCUAGAAAUAAUAAUGAAAAUUCCAAUCACCAUGGUAGAAAUAUUGAUAAUGUUCUUCGUCUUGGUCUUCCUGCUGGUCUUAUUGAGCUUCCUGCACUACCGGCUGCAAAAAGGCCACCACCACCGCAGUCUUCAACCAUCUUUAGGUGUACUACUACUAGUGCUAGCGAUGCUACUGAUGAGUGUGCAAUUUGCUUCGAUGAUUUUGUGGACGGGCAAGUGUGCCGGUUGCUUGGUAACUGUCAACAUUCGUUUCACAAGCUAUGCAUUGAUCAAUGGCUAGCCACUGGGGAAACCUAUUGUCCCGUUUGUCGUGCUCCUGUUUAA